ACGGAGCGGCAGAGGCGGCCAUAGCCGCGAGCGAGAACUUGUCUCUACAAAUCGAUGCCACUCGUCGGCUCCGUCGGCUGCCCUCGCCGCGGCCCGCCGCUGAAGCUCGCCCGCCGCACCCAGCACCCGCCUCCUCCUCCGCCCCUUACCAGGCGGGCCGUUUCCGCCGCUUCGCUGCUCCUCACAGCCGUCCCUUUCCUCGCCUCGUCACCGCAACUCCCCGUGGCCUCAGCAUCGGAAACGGAUGCAGAAGCCGUGGGAGGAGGAGGAAGCGCGGCGGUGCUGGAGCUGGAGCGGUACACCGACCAGGACCAGGGGUUCACCCUCCUCAAGCCCGCCUCAUGGCCCAAGGUGGAGAAGGCAGGCGCGACGGCUCUAUUUCAGCAGGAGGGGAAGGGGAGUAACAACAUCGGAGUCGUCGUCAACCCUGUCCGCCUCUCCUCGCUGACGGAUUUUGGUACGCCGCAGUUCGUCGCGGACAGGCUUCUGCAGGCAGAGAAGAAAAAGGAAAGUACCAAAUCCGCGGAGGUGAUUUCUACUGGAGAGAGAUCAGGUCAUGAUGGCCUGACAGUGUACGAAAUCGAGUACUCACUGGAUAGCACCAGGGGAGGGAUGAAGCGGAUCUUCACGGCGGCGUUUGUUGCUUCUAGAAAGCUCUACCUGCUCAAUGUAGCCCACUCUGAUACCGAGGAGAAGCCCUUGGACAAGCAGACUAGACUUGUUCUUGAGGAAGUCCUUCAUUCAUUUGAUACUGUAUAGUUUAUUCCUCUCAAAAAGAGUUACAUGUCUCUAUUUCUUGUCUCUACAAACUUCAGUCUAAACGUUUGGUUCUUUAUGUUUAUUUGUAAAAAAGAGUUAUAAGAAUGAGUCUCUAUGUUGUUCUUCAAAUACACUUGUAAAUGUUAUUAGCUUAUUUCAGCAUGCUCUA